UGCACUUUGCUUUACCCUGCGCGGCGGCGGCGGCGGCUUUUUCCGCUUGGCUCCGAUGACCUGCGGAAAGCGGAGGCUCACCAGCCGCAGUUCCCGGGCCAGAAGCGGCCGGGUUUGGUAGCCUUCCUCCGGUUUGGAAGUCCCCCCAUCCCAUCCCUAUCACGGGGAGAAGGAAAAAAAAAGCCUUGUGGAUGAGCAGAAGCGGAACGGGGGACCCGAGAAAGAGGAAGAGGUGAUCAGAAUGAAUGGGCAUAUUUCAAACACCCAUCCCAACGUAUAUGGAAAUUAUCCUUCUCAAGUCAAUGGAUAUGGAUCACCAACAUUUUCUUCAAGGGACAAGGAUCAGAGUUCAAAGACAAGCGCAAAAGCUUUGUACGAGCAAAGGAAGAAUUAUGCACGAGACAGCAUCAGCAGCAUUUCAGAGAUAACACAAUACCAUGUGGAGCACCUGACCACUUUUGUUCUGGAUCGGAAAGAAGCCAUGAUCACAGUGGAUGAUGGAAUAAGGAAGCUGAAACUCCUGGAUGCCAAAGGCAAGGUCUGGACACAAGACAUGAUUCUUCAAGUUGAUGACAAAGCUGUCAGUCUGGUGGACUUAGAAUCCAAGAAUGAACUUGAGAACUUCCCUCUGAACACAAUACAGCAUUGCCAGGCUGUGAUGAAUUCAUGCAACUAUGACUCCAUCCUUGCUCUGGUGUGCAAAGAGCCAUCGCAAAGCAAAGCAGACCUCCAUCUUUUCCAGUGUGAUGAAGUCAAGGCCAACUUUAUCCACGAUGACAUCGAAAGCGCAAUCGGCGAUAGCAAAGGAGGGAAAGCAAAGCAGCGACUUGAAACACUCAGGAUGAUUUCCAGAUCAGAGAGUGCCAUUCCUCCACCUCCCAGAGCCCCAGCUCCUGUCCCCCCAGGGACUGUUACACAGGUGGAUGUCCGCAGCCGGGUGGCGGCUUGGUCUGCGUGGGCAGCUGAACAGGGAGAUAGUGAAAAACCAAAGCAAUACCAUGAGCAUGAAGAAUCAGCUGAAAUGAUGGCAGCCAAGAUUGACCGAGAUGUUCAAAUCCUGAAUCACAUUCUGGAUGACAUUGAAUAUUUUGUCACCAAGCUUCAAAAAGCAGCAGAAGCUUUUACGGAACUCUCAAAGCGGAAGAAAAGCAAGAAAAAUAAGAAGAAAGGACCAGGUGAGGGGGUCUUAACUCUCCGUGCAAAGCCUCCAUCUCCAGAUGAAUUUGUGGACUGUUUGCAAAAAUUUAAGCAUGGUUUCAACCUUUUGGCUAAAUUAAAGUCACACAUCCAGAAUCCCAGUGCACCUGAACUGAUUCACUUUCUGUUUACUCCUCUAAAUAUGGUGGUACAGACAACAGGAGGACCUGAGCUUGCUAGCACAGUGCUCAGUCCCCUUCUGACGAAAGACACCAUCGAGUUUUUACGUUGCAUUGUCACAAGUGAAGAAGGACAACUCUGGGUAUCUCUAGGGAAUGCAUGGACCAAAGCCAGAGCUGAGUGGCCCAAAGAGCACUUCAUCCCACCCUAUGUGCCCCGAUUCAGGAACGGCUGGGAGCCUCCUUUGCCGAGCUUCAUGGGGGCCCCAAAUGAGCAAGAACUCAACCAGUUGGCUGAGUCGGUGGCCAAUGUGGCCGAACAACAGAGGAAGCAAGAGAUGAAAAGAUUGUCAAUCGAGCAUCCCAGCAUCUCUGAUUAUCCUCCAUCUGAAGGAAAUUAUGAAGCGCAUAAAACCCCAACCAAGAAAUACGCCAAAACCAAGUAUGACUUUGUGGGAAGAAACCAGAGUGAACUUUCUGUUCUGAAGGAUGAAAUUUUAGAGAUUCUUGAUGACAGAAAGCAAUGGUGGAAAGUCCAGAAUGCAAAUGGAUUGACUGGAUUUGUGCCAAAUAACAUCUUGGAACCUCUCAGAACUCCUGAAGGUGUCUGUACAGAGCCAGCAUAUAUGCACACCAUACAGAAACAAAGGACGGAGUUUCCUCCAAAGCAACCAGACCCCACGCCUGCUGCUCCUUCCCCACCACAGAUGCCGCUUCCGGUCCCUCUCCCUCCCUGUGUCCCUGCUCCUGUCCCCGUUCCGUUGCCAAAGGUCCCCGGGGCCAUCAGCCGCCAGAGCAGCACAUCAAGCGAUGGUGGCCGGGAUGGCCAGAGGCAGAAGCUUCCACCUGUUGACCGAAGGAAAUCUCAGAUGGAGGAAGUUCAAGAUGAACUCAUUCACCGUCUCACCAUUGGUCGGAAUACUGCCCAAAAGAAGUUCCAAGUGCCACGCUCCAGUGCCCCCGUAGUCAAUAUCAACUACGAAUCCUCUCCGGAAGACAUUAAGGUUUGGCUAGAGGCCAAAGGAUUCAACUCAGUGACCGUAAACAGCCUUGGAGUUUUGACUGGUGCACAACUCUUUUCCCUCAACAAAGAUGAACAAUCUGUGUGCCCAGAAGGAGCGCGAGUCUACAGCCUUACUGUUCAGAAGGCGGCACUAGAUAAUUCCAGUGAAAGUUCCGAACUUCAAGAGAUCAUGAAAAGGCGGAAGGAGAAACUCAACGCAGCUGCCACUGAUUCAGGGGUCGAAUCUUUCGAUGAGUAGCAGUCACUAAUAAGACUCGUCUACAAAUAUUUUGUGGUUAUUGUCGAGGGGGGGAAACCAGUUGUUCUUGGCAUUGUUCCAUCAUGCUUUGUUUUAGGAAGCCAUGAGGGGGAAAUGUCGGGGGAUUGUCUCUAUUUAUGUAACUAGGGUAUCAUGCCAUUAAGGGAGCAUGCAGUUGGGAGCCAAGAGGGAGGAUACAAUUGCUGUUUUGCCUCUCCCUUGACGGAAAAAAAAUAUAUAGAGAGAGAAUAAUUUCCCUGGAGGGGUUCCUUAAACCAGGCCCCCUGGGAGAAAUUCAUGCUUUGCUCAUCUUUUUUCCACAGCCUAGCAAAGUCACAUUGCGGUUUUUUUGAGUUGCCCUCAGACUGAGCCAUCUGACGAAAGGUGUUGAAAUCAAGCAGUCAAGCAGAAAGUCCAAAAGGCGCGAUCCGGGCCAGCGUUGAUUCUCUUGUCUAGGCCCCAUUGAUUUCAACAACGAAAAGUGAAACCGAUAUUUAAACGCUCUGCCAUUGAAAUCAACAGGACCUCAAAGGGUUUUAUGAUGGCACAACAUUCCUUUUAAUUCAUGCCAUCCAUAUGGUUGCCAUAAUUACGGACUGCGGCUUUUCUUAUCCUCCAGCACUUAAGAUUUCCACAUUUAUGUAGCAAUUCCCAGAUGUAUUUUUAAUUAUAUGAUCAAUGACCACGCUAAUCUUAUAAGCACAGAUUAAAUUCUUCUAACGGCAUCAUGUCAUGAUUUCUUAAUGGAAGUGUACAUAGCAAUGUAAUUUAUUCUGCAUUUCAAUUAUCUGUCUGUUUUUGGGGAGGAGGGAUAAGUACGAAUCAAGGAAAACACUAAUAUGAUAAACAAUAGCACAAAUUUUAAAAAGUAGGGGCAUUUAGAUCUUAUUUUGAUAUCCAUGUGGUAGUUCACAGUAUUAUUUCUUAAUAGCAUUGCAUUUUUUUUAAUUUAAAAAUAUAUUUCACUUCACCUGAUGGAAAGGAAAGGGAAAAAAGGGGGAAGGUGUUUAUAAAUGUUUUUUUUAAAGCUACAAAAUCCCAUCUUGAUUUCUAAUUUAAAUCUUUUUUAAAAUUAGCCAAAAUAUUCCAGUAAAUACAGGAAUAUACUUUUUUUUCUGUGCAAAAUGUUCUUUUCUGUCACAUGGCACAUCAAGGCAAAAUAAGGGGGGGGGAUUCCAUCCUUUGACCAACCUAGAUGAGAUGUAUUGAUUUUCAUGGUGCCUUUUUUUUCAUGACUCCUCAAAGUCUGCAAUAAACACCGAUGUACAUGAA